AUGGUGGCGACGCACACCUGUCGCCUUGCCUUGGUGAUUGCAUCCACACCCCUCGCUGCACCCAUAUCCAUCCUCACACCCAUUUCCUCUCUCACACCCAUUUCCUCUCUCACACCCAUUUCCUCUCUCACACCCAUUUCCUCUCUCACACCCAUUUCCUCCCGCACACCCAUUUCCUCUCUCACACUCAUUUCCUCCCGCACACCCAUUUCCUUCCUCACACCUAUUUCCUCCCUCACACUCAUUUCCUCCCCCACACCCAUUUCCUCCCUCACACCCAUUUCCUCUCUCACACUCAUUUCCUCCCUCACACCCAUUUCCCCCCUCAUACUCAUUUCCUCCCUCACACCCAUUUCCCCCCUCAUGCUAUUUCCUCCCUCACACCCAUCCCCUCCCAACCCUCCACCCCAUGUGCGCCCUUCCCCGUUUGCCCUCCCCCCAGGUGCGCCCUCCAGGAACGCCCACAGGUACGCCCACCAGGUGGUCACACCGAGCUCAAUGCACUGCUGGCAGGGCUGGGUUCCUCCCCACCCAGGCUUGAAGGAGGGGCUGGCACCCCUUUCCUCCUCCCCCCCACCCUUCCCUGCUGCACGGCUGUCGCUCCUUCCCACCCCCACCAGGUACGCCCACAAGGUGGUCACACCCGACCCGAGCUCAAUACGCUACGCUGCUGGCGGAGCUGCUGCGAUUCCAAGUCAGGGCGUUUCAGGACGACCCAAUCAAGAUCCCCCACGGACAGGGAACGAUGAGGCGCUAGCCGGGCUGAAGGAGGUGGGGCAGGCGGGCAGGAACGAUGAGGCGCUCUGUGCUAGCGGGUUUGAAGGAGGUGGGGCAGGCUGUGUGGGGCUCAGGGAGGUGGGGCAGGCUGUGUGGGGCUCAGGGAGGUGGGGCAGGCUGUGUGGGGCUCAGGGAGGUGGGGCAGGCUGUGUGGGGCUCAGGGAGGUGGGGCAGGCUGUGUGGGGCUCAGGGAGGUGGGGCAGGCUGUGUGGGGCUCAGGGAGGUGGGGCAGGCUGUGUGGGGCUCAGGGAGCUCCGCACCGCACCUGCUUCUCCUGAAAUCCUCAAUCCUGCACCGAUUUCCCGCUUCUGCAACAUGAACGCACUGUUCGCGGGGAACCUGCAGGCUGCUGACGCUGGGCACCGCACCGCUCCCAACUGCGCACCUACUUCUCGCACACCGACUUCUGCCCCACCGACUCCCACCCCCACGGGGCGCGGGCGCACUGCUGGUGGGGAGGCUGCUGACACGGCGGAAGUGCACGAGAGGCUGCAGGCAUAG